UGAGGUCAUUUCCGGCACACAGCUGAGAGUUGUGUUGACGAUGGCUCGGUGAUGUUCUCUCUCUGUGUCCACGCCUUCAUGCUUUAUUGGCACUAUUGGCGGGAGUAGAUACUUCUUAUUACCAUACCUUCCCCCCGAAACAAAAUUGAAGUGAAGAAGGAUGCAACAACCACCGCCAGUUAUGAAUGGUGGGGGUACAGGACAGUCACAGCAACAAAGGUUUCCCUUAGUGCCCCCACCUAGACCUGGUGGCUUUACAAAUCUUCAAGCAUCUCCUUCGAUGGUUAUGAAACCUCCAAGUGCUCAUAUGGUCCCUCCAGGAGGCUCUCCCAGACUAGAUGGUCCUUUAAUAAACGGUCCACCAGCAGGGCCACCGAGAGUGCCUCAAGGAGGAAACUAUAGACCGACACUCGUGAAUGGACAAGUUGCUCCGCCUUCUGGUCCCCCAGUAAGACCUCCUUUAGGGCCACCCCAGAGGUCAGUAAUUAACAAGUCUGAUACUCCUAUUGAGGCACCACCAAGAGGCCCAUUGCUCAAGCAACCAUCAGGCCCAGCCCCUACUAUAAAUUCAAGCCCCUUAAUAAAUGGGCACCAGAGACCAUCUGAACCCACCAACCUUCCAGAGCCGCUAUCUAACCGAUCGUCCAAUCGGUCUUCUCGCCAGCCUUCCCCGAUUCCUACUCCUCAGCUUGAACGCAUGGAGACGCAGGCCACGCCAGUCUCGGGCCUGACUCCAAGUGGAUCCUCAACAAAUUUGAAUGAAGGCCAUCAUCCACCUGCAUCACAAUCCCAGCCAAGCUCUUCCCUAAUUGACGGACCUGCAAAGAGUUCACCUAGGAUGUCCCCAAUCACAACAAGAACACACUUUGAUGGACAUUCUUUACCAGUUAAUUGCAUCCCAGCCAGUGUGCCUGUGUCUAGUGAAUCAUCUGUUAGUGGAACACAAGGUAGUAAUAAACCUUUAAACAGAACUGUCAAUCCACAAUUCACAAGUGGUGCUCAAAUAAGUAAUCAGCCACAGGUGCACUAUAGUGGGCCAGUAUCAUCUCGUAGUAAUCUAUCUAGCAGUACUGUUCAGCCACCAGUUAGUGGCCACUUUUCAAUGGUAUCUAAUAAUGUACCAUCUUUUGCAAGACCUGUCAGAGACUCACUCAGUGGUAAUCAGUUAGGUGGAUCCUCUGGCUCUGUUUCUGGAACUAAUACAAACACGAGACCACAUACCAGUGAAUCACAGGCCGUUGUUACUUCAGUGAGUGGUGGAACACAUCAGUUAAUUGCAAAGAGUCACAUGGGCCCUCCAGCAGCUUCCAAAGCUUUUCCAGCUGUCUCUUCAGUUCCUCCAACUGCAGCUUCUUCAGUUCUAGCUUUACCCACCUCCCCACAUACUACUGCUCUUUCUGCUGCUCUUCCAUCACCAUCAUUGGGACCUAGACCAUCAGUGGGGCCUUCAUCAUUAUUAAAUAAUCUUCGGCCUUCAGUUGGUUCUCAACAAGCUGCAUUGGGCUCUCAACCCAUGUCAGUGGGUUCUUAUCCAUCAUCAUUUGGCCCUCCACCGACAUCCAUCGGCCCUCCGACAUCCAUCGGCCCUCCGACAUCCAUCGGCCCUCCGACAUCCGUGGGGCCUCCGACAUCCGUGGGGCCCCCACCAUCUUCAGCAGGACACACACAAAUGUUGAUAGGCCACCAACCAGCAUUGAUGGGACAUUCACCAAUGUCGGCGGGCUAUAAGCCAACAUCUGUAGCUCCCCCGCCUAUGUCUAUGGGUCCACCACCAGCGUCUAUGGCUCCCCGACCACCAUCAAUGGGUGUUCCACCCAUGUCGAUGGGUCCCCCACCUACAACAAUGGUUCCCCCACCUACGUCGAUGGGUCUCCCACCUACAUCAAUGGGUCUCCCACCUACAUCGAUGGGUCUCCCACCUACGUCGAUGGGUCCCCAGCCUACAUCGAUGGGUCUCCCACCUACGUCGAUGGGUCCCCAGCCUACGUCAAUUGGUCCCCCACCUACAUCAAUGGGUCUCCCACCUACAUCGAUGGGUUAUAGACCACCUAUGAUACCACCACCACUUGGAAAUGCUGCAGGGUCAGCUCAUUAUGGAUCAGUGUCACAGUAUCCAGGUCAGCAGCAACAUCAGCCACUGCAGCAGCCACCGCAGCAGCCACCACAGCAGCAGCAGCAGCAGCAACAGCAGUUUCAACCACAGUUUAGACCAGGGGGACCACCUGAUGUUAGUCAGCUGUCACAGCAGUUGGGUGGUUUGUCUGUGACACGUGACGGAUGGAAUAAAGGCUGGGGAACACAUCAAAUGGACCUGUUACAGCAGCGUCAAGUGCUACCACCCGAGGGAGUUGUGCCUCCAAAACCGGUGCUGGCUCAAGAAUAUCUCCCAAACUGCUUCCCUGAUAUAUUCAGAUGCACUCUGACAAAAAUUCCCGAAACAAAGUCAGUUUUGCAGAAGGCCAGGCUUCCGUUUGGCAUGCUUAUACAUCCAUUCAAGGAUCUUGAGCACCUUCCAGUCGUGAGUUGCAACACGAUUGUACGCUGCAGAUCGUGCCGAACGUACAUCAAUCCUUUUGUGGUAUUUAAAGGAGAAAGACGUUGGGAGUGUAACCUGUGUUUCAGAGUUAAUGAGCUCCCAGAAGAAUUUCAGUAUGAUCCUGUUAGUAGAACAUACGGUGACCCAUCUAGAAGACCAGAGGUUCGAGAAGCAACAAUAGAAUUUAUUGCUCCUCAAGAAUAUAUGUUACGGCCUCCUCAACCAGCAACAUAUCUGUGGAUUUUGGAUGUUUCUCGCCAAGCUGUCGACACAGGCUACCUUAAGGUUGUGUGUGAUGUGUUGUUGGCACAGUUGGACAAGAUACCAGGAGAUCGCAGGACUAUGAUUGGAUUUAUAACCUUCUCUAGUAGUGUCCAGUUCUAUCUAAUGGGAGAAGAUCAGAAACAUGUCCAGAUGUUGGAAGUCGGAGAGAUAGAGGAAAUGUUCGUGCCGAAUCCUGAGGACCUUUUGGUUAAUCUGGAACAAAGCCGUUCUCUGGUUGAGGAUUUCCUCACAACGCUCCCAGACGCACAUGAGGGAACUUGCCAAACUCAUUCUGCUCUUGGAGCUGCUCUCCAAGCAGCUUACAAAUUACUGAGCCCAAUUGGUGGACGCAUCACACUGAUGACAACCACACUGCCAUCUUUGGGACCCGGUGCACUGAAAGCGCGUGAAGACCCUAACCAGCGAGCUGGGAAAGACAUUCAAAACAUGGGUCCGGCAACCGACUUUUACAAAAAAUUGUCUCUCGACUGUUCGGGCCAACAAAUUGCUGUGGACUUGUUUACACUUAACUCUCAGUAUGUGGAUAUGGCCACACUCACAGGAGUAAGCAAGUUCUCUGGAGGCUGUAUACAUCAUUUUCCAAAUUUCCACGUUACGAGGAAUCCAGCAGCCGUAGGCCCUUUUAUAUCUUGCCUUACACGGUACAUUACUAGGAAAAUUGGCUUUGAGGCUGUCAUGAGAAUCAGGGCAACCAGAGGUUUAGCCAUAACAAAUUUCCAUGGGAACUUCUUUGUUCGGUCUACUGACUUACUGUCUCUACCAAACAUUAAUCCUGAUGCAGGCUUUGGCAUGCAGGUCAACAUCGAAGAAGCAUUACACAAUAUACGCACUGCAUGUUUCCAAGCUGCUCUUCUGUAUACGUCAAGCAAAGGUGAGCGUCGAAUCAGAGUGCAUACAUUAUGCCUGCCUGUUUCUCCGAACAUGCAUGAAAUAGUAACAGCAGCUGAUCAGCAAGCAAUAAUAGGCUUGUUAGCCAAGAUGGCAGUAGACCGCUGUCUUGCGUCAUCACUGUCCGAUGCCCGUGAGGCUCUAGUUAAUGCCUGUGUGGAUGCACUUACAGCCUUCAAGAUUGGUCUCUCAAACCCAGCACAUGGUGCAUUAGAAUCACCACCAACAUUAAAACUGCUUCCCUUGUUUACACUUGCUCUCGUUAAGUCGAUUGCCUUCAGAGGGGGUUUGAGCACUAAACUGGAUGAUCGUCUCUUUGCUAUGUGUGAACUUAAAACGAUGCCACUUAAACAUCUCAUGACCUUCAUAUAUCCAGACCUGUACCCAAUACACAUGCUAUCAGAUAAAGGAGCACUUAAUGUGGACGAUCAGGUGAUUCCUCAACCUGGACGCCUUCACUUGUCUGCGGAGCGCUUGGAGCGAUGUGGAGCAUAUCUGAUGGAUACAGGAUCUACUAUAUACAUAUAUGUGCGCUCUGGAGUUUCAACAAAAUGGGUUGAAGGAACUUUAGGAGUACCAAGCUAUGCAGUCAUUCCUCAGCCUUUAUAUGAAGAUGCUCUUCCUGCUCUGGAUACGUUGGAUUCACAAUAUUUGCGUAACUUUGUUUCAUAUCUUCAGAGAAAUAAGCCUUAUCAAGCCCCCGUUUUAGUUCUAAAGGAAGAUAACCCAGCUCGUAUGUUAUUUAUUCAGCACCUCGUGGACGAUAGAACAGAAGGCUCUCACUCGUAUGUUGAAUUCCUUCAAUUUCUUAAAACUCAAAUUAAGUAGGAUUUUGUUAGUGUAUAAAUAAAAUGAAAGUGCAAUUUUUGGAUUUCUGAAUCUACAUAUUAUUUUGAAUAAUGUGAUAAUUUAUCAGAUACAAUACAGUAUUUAGAAAGCUGCAGUCAAGACAUUGGAAUGUAAAGCUACGAUACAAAAGGGGCAAGUAGGCAAGUACUGUACUUGGUAAUGCAGGAGAAAUUGCUGGGCCAUUUUAUGGAAAAAAGCUAAUCUGCUAAUAGUUGCCAAGUUUAAGUGGAUAUAAAUGUAGGUCCAUAUUGUCAUCAUGUUACAGUGUUUAUGAUCUGUAGGAGUCAUGGAUUUGGUUUUGUGGUGGACAGUUUGUAACUAUUCCUUGGUGUCUGCCUUUUUUUUUUUUUUUUUUUUUUUUUUUUAUAACUUCAUAAUGGGGAAGUUUUUAUGUGAUCAAUAGGAGUCAAAGAUUUUGAAAAACUUUUUUUUUCUUUUAAGAUAUCAGGGAUAUGUAUGAUAGGUUAUCCUGUAUAAAAGUGAAAAAUAUUAUCUAUAUGGUCUUUCUUUACUAUCCAGAUUGUAGAUUUUGUAUGUGGGUUUGCUGGUAUUUUGCAAAUUUUAUAUUUGAUAGGAUGAACAAUCUUUUAAAUAGUAGUAGAGAGAGAGAGGCAGUCCUCCUACACGUUUUUAAGUAGCCAGGAGUGCAGUCAGUACUUCACAGCACACUGCAUUUUUGAUCCAUCAGAGUACAGGGAGUUAUUAUAAUAUCAGCGCAGUUUGUUUGAAUUACCUGAAGAUAUGAAAUGGCAUUUUUUCUUACUUGAAUUUUGGAAUGUCUAUCGAAAGAAAGUAGAAAAGAAUAUCAUUAUUUGCCGCUAGUCUUGUUAAUGUGUGUCGAUGUUUUUUGUUUUUUUUUUUUUGUUUUUUUUUUUUACUUGAAACUAUAUUUUGGUUAAAAAGUUUAUUUAAAAUAAAUUGUGUCCUAUAUAGAAGAUUUGUGAUUGGUUCCUGAAGCAAAACUGGUGUUGGAAAUAUUUUGAUGUAUGCUUUCUAGAAAUUGAAUGUUUUUUAUUUGACGCAUUAAUCUCAUAACCAACCAGUCUUCUCAAAUAUAUUUGUGAAACUAUUGUAAAAAUAUUUCACUCUGACUCGACGUGCAACUGUAUAAGAUAUGGGUUGUGGUAUCAAGUGCAGCUUCAGGAACUUGUCAACAGCAGUUCACAUGUAAUGAUUAUUAUAUUCACAGUAGCUUGUACCUGUUUUAAUGGUACAGUACUUGUUCAGUUUUCCAUACGCUAUUUUUUCACUGGUCGCUUGUUUUUAAUAUUCCAUGUCAUUGAUUAUAUAUAUAUAUAUCCAGUGGUAUUCCAGCUAUUAUAUUAAGCUUGUUUUUUUAAUGUGAUGAAUAAAAAUAAUGGUUAAAUAGAUAUAAUUAGAUUAUUCACAGCAAAUAUAUUUUUUUCAUUUGUGCGUCUCAAAAAUAUUUUGUCUGCUCAAUUUCUGUUUCCUUGCAUUGUAACCUUUUCUUGGGAGUUUUGAGUUUGUAUUUAUAUACAUGUAGUUGCCAAAGCGUUGUAAAGCACAGGCAAAUGGCUGGAUAUUAAUAUUCAUGGAAUUCUUGGAUUUGAAUGGGUUAAAAGGAAGUACAAUUCACCAAAGUUAAUUAUAAAAAAUAAAUUAUAAAAAUAUAACAAGAAAUCCAGCUGCCUUUUUAUGUCAGGAAUAUAUUUACAGUAUUUUAUAAUUUUGAAUAUCAUUAAAGAAACUAUUGUAGAGCUUCCUUAGGCAUGGUCCAGUGUUCAUUGUUUGAAGGUUCAGAGUGGUUUGUGUACAUGGAGACAUUUCUGUGCAUUUUCACAAGUUGGCAAAAAAGGAAAUAGUUUUCAUACAAUUGGUGGCUGCAACAUCCAUCAGGGAAACAGUCAAAAUGGUCGUACACUAGUGAGUAACUCUGGCAUGUGUGGGUGUAUAUUAUCAGUGUAAAUAAACCCAGUUCUUUUAGUUUCAUAUCAGAUAAAAAUGUUAGCGCAUUCGUGGAAUAAUUAAAAGUGUAAAGGUCAUUAUUGUACAUUUAUUUUGUUAGUGUUAUGUGAGGUUCUAUAAAGAAAGUUUAACAUGAACUAAAAGCAACAUUUUCCAAGUUGAGGUUCUAUUCAGCUGUUGCCCGUUGUACAUUUUCAAAUUUGUGAUUAAGGCAAUGACUGCACAAUAAAAGGUUAUAUAUAUAUAUAUAA